AUGGGCAAUCCUAUCAUAAAGGUCCGCCUGCCCACGCCCUCUCCCGCCCAACCAUCAACCCCCAAACGUGCUCCUGUGGCUGAGCCUUUGAUCACCCAAGAAUCCCCCAGGGCCAGAACUACGCACGGCAGUGUGGCAGAGCCCCAGGCCACACAAGUGACGGCCAACGACAAGCCCAUUUACUACAUCCCCCACCCAGACGAGUUCAUUGCGCGGAGGGCAUCGUUCCCUCACACCACCUACGUGAUUACCAAGGGGGAAGAAGUAGGGCUUUUCUCGGCAUGGCACGACGCAGCCAUUCGAGUUCAAAACAUUCCGGCCCCAAAGGGCCGCAUCCAAUAUAUUUUGCAAAGCUUCCCCACCUUUGAAGCAGCCUUCGAUGUGUACGCCCAUGCCUACAACAUGCGCUUUUUUUACGACCAGCCUAAUUCAGACAAUCAAGACAAUUGCGAGGGCUGGGUUUUUGCGGACUCUGACGAAGAAAUCCAAGUUCACACAAGUCGCGCAGGCACUUGGUAG